AUGGAUUCCCAUGCCCAUUUACAAUGGAUUCAACAUCAUCAACAGGCAUUACGCCAACGUCAAGAGAAAUUAGACGAUCGAAGAGUGCAAUUAGUCCAACGUUGUCGACAAAUUCAAUCCACUCAAAUGAUGCAACAUGCCCAAGAUGAAUUGGCUCAAGUCAUGCAACAACAUGGCUAUCAAGCACGUCUUAUUUUAACAGCCAUGAUGAAUCAUCAUCAUGAGAAAGAAACAUGGAAUCAAUUCCUCCAUCGUCAUCAUAUCACGCUACAACAGUUUAUUGGUCAAUUUAAGCGUCAACGCAUACCAACAUGGCCUCCACAAUUCAAUAACCUGGAUGUAAAACCACCAUCGCAUCAAGCUCAACUUAAUUUACAACACAAUCAUGUCCACCAUUGGCUUGGCCAACUGGAUGAUCAAUUGACGAUGAUGGAGAAAGAGCAAUGGUCUGAUGUCACCGAGAGUAGUUCUGGUGGUGAAAGUUGUGAUGAAUUAGAUGCAGCCGAUACAGCUAUAGUAGCCCAACGGACUAGUUUUCCAACCGAUGUUAAGCAAUGGUAUUUUCAUCGAGGAUCGAUUGCAUCGCGUUGGACAUGGAUUGAAUUUCAAAAAUUAAGACUAGAAGAACGUCUCCAACAUUAUACACAAAUGUUAGAAAAACUAGAAGACAGGCAUCCAGUGGAAGCCCACUGUCCAACUCAAUUAGUUCGACCUGAACGUAAUACACUAACAGUUAGCUUUAAAGAUAUUGAAAACUUUGACUCCGACUUGGCAGUGACGAUACAGCAAGAAUAUUACAGAGUUUUUCCUUAUUUAUGUCGAGCUGUAAGAAAAUGCACUCAAGAACAAGACAAGAUACCCCAAGAAAAAGAAUUUUUCAUCAGUUUUGCUGACUUUGAUACUCGACACAAGGUACGUGAGAUGACCACUCAAAAAAUUGGCAGUUUGCUCAAAAUCAGAGGCCAAGUUGUUCGUACUCAUCCUGUCCAUCCUGAGCUAAUAAAUGGUACUUUUAUAUGUCUUGAAUGUCAAGCUGUCAUCAAAGAUGUCGAACAGCAAAUGAAGUUCACUCAGCCUGUGGUUUGUAGGAAUCCUGCCUGCCAAAAUCGUUCAAAAUUUAUGUUAGAUGUCGAUAAAUCAAUUUUUGUCGACUUUCAAAAAAUACGAAUCCAAGAGACCCAAGAAGAGCUUCCCCGAGGCAGCAUACCUAGAAGUAUGGAAGUGAUUUUAAGAGCUGAAGCUGUUGAACAAGCGCAAGCUGGUGAUAAAUGCGAUAUUACCGGAACCUUGAUUGUAGUGCCGGAUGUUUCUCAGUUGAGAACACCUGGUACAACUUCAGAGCCUGCUUCAAAAAGGCGAACUAAUGAUGGUUAUAACAAUGAUGGCGUAAGUGGCUUAAAAUCAUUAGGCGUACGCGAGCUAUCCUACAAACUUUCGUUUCUAGCAUGCAAUGUUACUCCGGUAGAUGCAAAGUUUAGUGGACGGGAUGCUCUAGGAGAUGAAAUGACUGCUGAGAGGAUCAAGAAACAAAUGACAGAGCACGAAUGGCAAAAAGUUUAUGAAAUGAGCUCCGACAAAAAUCUCUAUCAGAAUCUUAUUACUAGUUUAUUCCCUACAAUUCAUGGUACAGUUCUAUGA